AUGAUCACGGCGGGUCACUCCGUAAUCCUUUUUUACAAGUAUGUAAGAGUUGCAGCACCACUUGAGCAAAAGCAAGAGCAGCAAGAGUUAUGUGAACGUCUUGGAAUUAUUGGCCGCAUUCUCAUCAGCGAAGAAGGUAUUAAUGCCACGCUUUCGAGUCCGUCGCGUGUGAAAAUUGACGAGUACAUCUCAGCGUUAUGCUCACACAAAGUAUUUGCAAUGCACAUUGAGGACUUCAAACACAGCUUCCAUGAGCAUGAGCAGCCACCUUUCGUUGGGCUCAUUGUCAAACACGUUAAAGAGAUUGUAUCCACUGGUGGCAUUGUCGCUCGUCCCGACAUGUCGGUAUCUGAUAAAGAACGGGGAUAUCUGACUCCACAACAAUUCCACGAAGCAAUGCACGAGGCAGUAAAGGACGAAGAAGGCACCGUUAUUUUGGACGUACGGGCACACAAAGAAUAUCUCGUCGGUCACUUUGAAAAUGCGGUAGAUCCCAAAGUUAAAAACUUUUCCGAGUACUACGCAUUUUUACAGAGCCGUGUGGACGAAAUGAAGAACAAGAAAGUAUUAAUGUAUUGUACAGGCGGCAUUCGCUGCGAAAAAGCGUCCAAUUUUCUACGUAGUAAAGGCAUAGAUGAUGUUCAUCAUUUGAAAGGUGGCAUUCACAAGUACCUUGAGACUUUUGAGGAUGGAGGCUUUUUUCGCGGCAAAAAUUUUGUCUUUGACAAGCGGGUUUUGAUGGGAGUGCAAAAGAACAAUGAAGUUGUCGGGAAAUGCAUCGAAUGCCAGACGCCGCAUGAUGAAUUCAGUGGACGAAAAGUGUGCACAGUGUGCCGUGACCUAGUACUUGUCUGUGAUCCCUGCUACUUUGCUCGUCAUGGCGAAGUACACUGCACUGAUCAUCAGUAUUUAAAACACUGCUACGUCACGUUUCUGCAAUAUUUGUCACGUGCUGAACUGAUAAAACAACAGCAGGCACUUGAAGAGAUUCUUGCCAAUCUACUGGAGGACAGGUCCAGCAGCAAGAAUAAACGUCGCUCUAUCCGCAAUCAGCUUAACAAAAUUGCAGAGCGUCAAAGAGCAAUAGACGCUGAUCCAAAAGCUGCAGCAGCGAUAUUAGCGCUCCAGCCUCGUCCCAUUCACUGCCGUACGUGCGGAAUGGCAACGUGCAUGGGCAAUUGUUGGGGUCAUUAUGUAACUUCAAUCUUGGAGUUGACGUUUUUAUUGAAGUGCGGACUUGAAAUGCCUGCCAAGAAGAGUGGGCUAAGAUCAAAAAGAAAGACUUCACGGCCAUCCAAGCAAGGUAAGAAGCAGACAGUGGCCACCAAAAGGAAGCACGUACAGAAGCUGGCAAACAUUGGGCGCUGGGCGGAGAUUGAAAAACUAUAUGGGAAACAAAUACUAAUUAAGGCAAAAGAAUAUACAAAAAACAACCAUGUGGUUAAGACCCCACAAGAAAUUGCGCGAGAGAUUUUAGUCAAGAAUGGGCUGCUUUCCUCAGCUUCGCAAUCGGCAACAAUGAUGACGCCUACUAAAGAAGUCAAAGAGACUCAAUUGGCAACAAAUGUCAACAAGUCAUUGAUUGAUACUGGAAUAUCGAUGACACUAACAAAAGAAGAGCAUGAAAGGGUACAGAAAAGAAGACAAGAAGCCUUACAACGGCGCAAGCAUCCAAUAGGCUCGCCCAAAAUCUUAACGAAGAAACAGCAAGAACUUAUUGAAAUGAAGAGGCGAGAAGCUCUUGAGAAACGACGCCGAAGUCGGCACUCUGCAAUGGCUCAUGCUCAAACAUUGAAUAUUAAUCAGUUUCCAGUUGUCAUUGAUCCCGACCCAGCUGAUGAUGCCCGACACAGUUUGCAGGCUUCAUUUUGUCAGCAGCCUCCAUUUCAAACUUCCUCAACGAAGAUAACAUCACUAUCGAAUACGAUUCCUCGCGUCGUUACUCCAGAUAAUCUCCUAGGAGCUACUUCAAACAAGCAAACAAGACCAGAGGACUUUUGGAAAGACUUUGAGGCGGCUGCAGAAAUUGCUCAGUGGGAAAAUGAGCAUCUGGCGGAAGCGGCGCUCGCGCAAUCUGAAAAAAAUAUAUAUCGAGAGGAUAACACCGACGUUCUUCAGUCGCCGCUUGACGAGCACGUUUCGAAAGAGAGCUUCCAAACUCAACAUUCUCCAAUACCGGCAAUAGUUUCAAUCUCUCAGGAACUAGCUGCAGCAGCUGAAAUUAUUCAAUGGGAAAAUGAGCAUGGAGAUCGUUGUGACUCGCCUGAGCUUGAAGUACCCCAGUAUGGAAUACUGCGCACUGAUGUUCUCGAAAUCGAGCAAAAUGCCAUUGAAGCAUCGUACCCCCAACAAGUCAAUAGCAAAAAUUCUAAUGGUAAUACACCUAUUGAAGAGCUGAUUUCGACUCAAUGCAAGAUCCAGCAGGACACAGCUCAGGCAUCAGCACAACCAGACAGCAUUGCAAUUGCCGACACACCAUCCCGUUCAGAUAAGAAGAAUCCAAAGUGCCUGACAUCACCGCAUCAAUCUCCAGAACGGCACAAUCCAACGGAAUUCAUUAAAAAGCACUUUUUGGAGGAUAAGCUUGAGCUUCAAGUCCUUAAAUUUCUCGACAUGAUGCUUAGUUGA